UGGUCACAGACUCACAGUUCUUUCUGGGGCGUUGCGUUGUAACAUUAUUUUAUGAUUUCCUGCAGCUUGUAUCUCUCAUCUCCAGACAUACCAACAGCCACGAAAAACAAGGUUGUUAAGCUUAUUCUCUCGCGAAGUCCUUCUAUGGCUGGUCAAAAAAGGAGAUGUUCCAAUUUUGUUUUCUAAAAAUCACGAAUUGGCUGUGAUAAAAAGCUUGUUCAAGAAAUUCACCUUGUAUCUCCACAUUAACAACAGCCGAGAAAAUCAAGGUUUUCAAGCUUAUUUUCUCGCAACGUUUUUCUAGGGUUGGUCAAAAAGAAGAGGUUUCAAUUUUUUUCAAAAAUCACACUUUGAAUAAACGUCCAUGAUGAAAAUGCUAGUGAAAGAAAUUCACCUGCGGACUCAGAAGAUGUUAAUAGCAAUAUUUGUCUUGUCCCUGUUCUUACCAAGUCUUCUUUCCCAAGAAAGUACGACAGAAAAGUGCAAAGCUGAGUUUGAUGGUCAGUGUCUAAGGAGGGUGAACUGUACGGUUGAAGAAAAGGUGGUACUCGAGAAAAGUGAACUUUUUGUUGCCUACAGAGGACAAGAACAGGAAGAAGAAGUGAUCGCACAGUGCGAUUGGCAGUCCGGGGAUUUUCGCUGCGACCCUGUGGAUGGCUACACUUGUGAACUUCUUCCACCCAGGUAUUUCACUGUCUCAAUAAAUCAGGGUGCACACUGUCUGUCGUCUGGGGAAUUCGAGGUUGAUGCAGCAAAUCAGCAACCCAUCCGCUGCGAUAUCUCAAAGUACCGACUCACUGCCUCUGACCUGAACUCUCCAGUUAGCAUCACAACUGUUAAAGACACAGUCAAUGAAGCAAAGGACAACACUAUUGUCGCUGGUGUUGUCGGCGCUGUUAUUGGAGGCUUUGUGAUACUUUUAAUCGUUGGUGUUGGUAUUCUCGUUUGGAUAAAAAUGUGCAGAAAGCCUGCAGUCAACAAUCCCACAUCCGGCUCUGUAGGAAAGACACACCAAGAAACGACAACAUGUUUGAAUGAGUCGGAGAAGAAUGAGCCACAGAAAAUGGACAUGUGUAAAGCAGCUCAGACAGCUGUGGUUUCCUGGAGCUUCAGCCUCGGGUUCGUCUGCAGUGUGACAAAGUGAAACAUUAUACAACCUCACCACACAGUAAUAACUGUUAUGCUGAAUCUGCACUUUACUGUAGACAUCAGACAUUUGACCCCAUUAUGGGUAAAGAAGUUUCCUGAAAAGAUCUUAGGCAAAGCACUAACUUGUGCACUCGUGAACCACGUGACACACCACAGGGCAAAUUCGUUCUAAGAGUCAUUUCUUACACCCUAGACAGUAUUGACUUAUUGCGGGAUGAAUGUUUACACAAAUUGUAAAUAUUUAUAGAAAGUUGUGUUAGAAUGUUCCCUGGUUGUCACGUGAUAACUUUACUGGGGAAGUAACAAUUUAUGGUGUCUAGGGUGAAGUGUUUACAAUCCUGAUGCCUCAAGCCCAUCAUGUAGAAAAGGGAGGGGUAUGUGCCAGUGUAGAUAUGUAAUAUGAGGUUCCUACAAAGGUGUUAUAAAUGGGAGACAGUCAUAAGUGGUUACAGCAGCCAAGCGCGACCAGCUUGCCUCUAUGAAGGAAGUGACACCUCAGGGACUCACCUGUCCGCCAGGUUGACGGGGGUGGGCGUUAGUCACCUGUCUACACCUGUCCACGUCACUACAGGUGGGGUGGAACUUCGAUAGGAUGUCGUUGUCUUGUCGAUGCUGACUACUUGAUUGGCUGGUGAGUGAGUGACCAUUGGCAUCCCUCGGUGUAUGU